CUCCACCUCUAUUCCUCUGCUGCACACACACUUCCACACUCACACACAUACACACACACACACACACGCACACACACAUGCACGCACACUAUCACCCCUCUUUCUCCCAGGGCGGACUUAUGGAGCCUCGAAGAUGAAGAGAUAAUGCUGGAGGAGCCUCAGUGGCAAUUUUCUCCCCUGACAUAAACACCCCCCCCAAAAAAAAAAACUCGAGCAAUGUUGAUGCAACAGCACGCUUUUUGUCCGCGCGGUCCAGAAUCGGAGCGUUUCGGCAGGAUUUGAGUUCCGGCGCUCUCCUGGAGCUUCUAGGCACUGAAGGAUGCUCGCUUCUGAAGGCGAUCAGGAAUAUUCCAACUAUUGCUCUUUUCGGACUGAUCACACUUUGAGGGAUGUCGGGGCGAUGAGUCGUCGUCUCCUGCUGGACUUCUUGAACUAGACUUCAGGUUACCUUAGAAGCCGACUGGGGAGUUCCCAUGUUUUAUUUUGGAGCCGGCGAGGAGAUUCUACUCAUGCUUUUCUGACUUGCCCGAGCCAAAAAAUUGUUGGCGUCUGACUAAGAGAUGACCCAGGAACAGUGCAGUCAUAGGAACAAUGUCCAGACUUCAGACAAACCACAAGUGUACAAAGUGGGAAUCUACGGCUGGAGGAAACGCUGCCUUUACUUCUUCGUGCUGCUGCUGAUGAUCCUCAUCCUCAUCAACCUGGCACUCACCAUCUGGAUCCUUAAGGUCAUGAACUUCACCAUCGACGGCAUGGGCAGCCUCAGAAUAACAGAGAAGGGCGUCAAACUGGAGGGGGACUCGGAGUUCUUACAACCGCUCUAUGCCAAAGAAAUCAGGUCUAAGCCGGGUCGCCCCCUGUUCCUGCAGUCGUCCAGAAACGUGUCGGUCAACGUCGUCAACAGCAACAACCAGCUGCUAACGCAACUCGUCACAGGAUCCAGCGGGUUUAAGGCGCGAGGCAAGAUGUUCGAGGUCAAAUCCACGUCCGGGAAGCUCCUUUUCUCGGCCGACGAGCAGGAGGUGGUGGUGGGCACCGAGAGGCUCCGAGUGAUGGGGGCGGAAGGAGCCGUGUUCAGCAAGUCCGUGGAGACGCCGCACGUCAGAGCCGAGCCGUUCAAAGAGCUGCGGCUGGAGUCGCCCACUCGCUCCCUGCUAAUGGAGGCCCCCAAAGGCAUCCAGAUCCUGGCCGAAGCCGGAGACAUCCAAGCCAUCUGCAGGAACGAGCUGCGACUGGAGUCCAAAGACGGAGAGAUCUCUCUGGACGCUCGCAGGAUUCGCCUGAUGCGCCUGCCUGAGGGCAAGGCCUCGUCUGGCAGCUCCUCGUCCUCCGGCACCAGGCAGAUGGUCUACGAGGUCUGCGUUUGCCCCAACGGGAGACUUUACCUCUCGCAGGCCGGGACGGGCUCCACCUGCCACAUCAGCGACAGCGUCUGCCUCUAGGACUGAGCCCUCAGCCAAUCAGGAACACUCGCAGGUAUCCCCGAAUCCAGACUGCUUCACUGCAAACACGGAAGCAUGAGCUGUCACUCGGACUCGUAUUUUUGUAAAAAAAAAAAAAAAAAAAAAGAUACCCGAGUGGGAAAAACUCUGGACAGUGUAUUUAUUACGUCGUAUUACGUCGCUUUCUGCGUGAAGAACAGUCGUUUUAACUUACACGAGAUUACCUGAGACUUUUUUCUUUUCUUUUUUUUUUUAAAUGAUCGGAAAGGAGCCUCUUGUCUCCGCACGCAUCGGGAAAUAUCACCGAGGCUGCUUUGUGUUGAUCCAAACUGCCAUACUUCUUCAUCGUGAAUCACCACGGCAAGAAACAGUGAUCCAGUACCAGAAAACCACUAGCGUGAUCACCCGCGGCAACAAGCCACGCCCACUCCUGUCUUGACCACUCAUCCUAAGGAUUGACCACCACGCUAAAAGCUGCACACAGGAUCAAUGGUUCUCAAACUUUUUACAGCGGGGUACUUCCAAAAUAUUUGUACUUUUUUUAAACUUCCCCUUUAUAUUAUCAUAUUAUAUAUUAUUAUAUUUGCUAUUUUUAAGAACAAUUUGCAAAAAUGUGUGUCAAAAUGUACCUGGCAUUUAGAGGAUAAGCAAGGCCUUAAAAACAGCAGGGCCUUCCUGUCAUAUACAGGAUCUUUGCUGUUUUCAAGAACAAUUUGCAAAAAUGCUCGUGAAAGUGUUCCUGGCAUUUAGAGGAUCUUUGACGAGCAGUAGAUCUUUAAAAAGAGCAUGAUCUUUUACUAUGUUCCUGCAGUAGAUCCCUAAAAACGGCGGAACUUUCUUGUCAUAUAGAUAGUAUUUGACCAGCAAUAUAUGCUUAAAACAGUAGAACACUCCUGUCUUAUAAAGGAUCUUUGACAAGCAGUCGGUCCUUAAAAAUAGCAGGGCCUUCCUGUCAUAUACAGUAUCGUUG